AGGUGUGUAUGCGACGUUACGACGUUACGAUGUACCGGUCGGUGCUUCCGGAUAUUUAUAUAUGCUUCAAGCCUUCAACAAACUUUUCACUGCCUCGAGACUACUUGGACUUCCACAAGAGCACAUAAGUUGCUGAAAAUAUACCACAUGUGCACUGGUAUUCUCUCCGCCACUUUCCUAAUGCCUACUGUAUCAAGGGUCCAAAGUUGUGCAUUGUCCUAUCCGUCCAUCCAUCCAUCCAUCCAUGUGGAGAUUUCGAUUCGAAUAAGCAAGCCCCUCUUACCAAGAAAUGAUCUUCAAGUGAUGGUUCUUACUCGGUACACCAUUGGUAUACGAACUCGAGACAGGGUUAGCUUACCGUUACUGCGGCAGUAACAUUCCUCAGUGGAGAUAUCGAUAGCAUAUCCCGUCUCCAAAAACCGAUAUUUUCUUAAACUCUCUUGACUCUCAUACUCUCAGACCUUGUGCUAGAGGAUCAAGUUCUCCAUAAAAACUCCCUGUUAACCCCUAGGAGCUUUGCCAGUCAAUGAUCAAUGAGUAACCGCUCGGGACUACUUAGCAUUGUUCCGCAAACUUACAUCGCGAGAAACUUUAAAAUGCCCCUCUCAUUACUCUUCAAUUCCAAAAAGAACGGUAGCACUGCAGACUUCUUUUUUUUGGCCAAAUUUGAUUCGAUGAUCGAAAGUAUGUGUGCAAUCCUGAAAAAGGGUCCUUCAGAUCUUGAGCUUCGUACCCAGUCAAUUGAUUCAUUACAAUUUGUUCUACACAAAAGCCGUAAGUUUUAUUCUUCACUGUUUCAGGUGCCCAUGGAUCUUCAAUCAAACGAUAUUUAAGAGCUGAAAUCCUACACUGCGUCGAAUCAACCAUCACUCUUCUGCAUUGUCUACUGGAGUCUGUUGCCAGGUCAUCAUUCCGGGGCAAGCUUGAUUUCUGGGAGACGAAACGGUUGAAAAUAAGGCUUUUACGACAAAGAUAAUCAAAACAAACACUAUUGUGUGGAUAUAAAAGAGAUGACAACUCAAUGCGGGUCAGGACAUUCUCUUGCUGUUGAACAUGUGGGGGGAAGUACGAGGCACAGCAAUAAUGAAGAGACAACAGGCACAGAUUUGGCUCUGGCCGAGCUCGGGGCGGUUGAUUUACUCCGGCAAGACAGCAGGCCUUCCUUCAUCGUUAAUAUGUCGAUAGAAAACGAAAUUUAUGAGCUUCCUGUAGUCUUUACGAACGAUGCUUUCAAGACUUACGCCGAAUUCAGAGACAUUACCUCAUGGCUUUCAGGAAAUUCAUGCCAGGGUGGAAAUGCAUUUGUCAAAUGGAUACAUACUCGACCCAGCAAGGCAGUCAAUCUAUAUUGGUUCCGGAAUCAAAGAUGGUCCAAGGUUCUAUUAGGAGAUCGAUGGUGUGUGGUUUCUGGGCAUGAGAUGUCAUUUUCGAAAUCAAUACAAGAUGCCGAUGCCAACGACUGCAAGCACGUUCAAUCGAUACCUGCACAAAAUAGGGUUUCUCCAGCUGAAACUUGCAAUCACAAUCUGAAUUCUCGUUACGAGAACAGCCAUUCCAUUAUGAGGUCAUCCGGUUCACAUAACUCAGCCGUAGCUUCUCAAACAAGUUUUACACCCUCUCUAUCCUUUGAAACGCCAUUGGCCAAGUUCUUUUGUAGCAAAGAUUGGUCUUCUACAGCCGUAGAUUCCAUCUCGGAACAGCUCUUAGAUAUGACGGGUCUACUCUCCAACUUCAGCCAAUUGUCUCCUAUAGCCAUGUUUAUUAUCGAUGCAAAAGACGGAAGCUUAUUAUUCGCGAACGAGGCCUGGACAAGAAUCACAGGCGGAACAGUAGAAGAGCAUUCAAACCUAAGAUGGCUCGAUUGUUUGAUUGACGAGGAUAGGGAAUAUGUCGCUGAACAAUGGCAAACCCUUAUAAAAGAAAAGUGCUUUGUUCACUUUCAAGGAAGGUGCAAAACACUUUGGAGACCUACAGUCCCAGAGCCUGCCCUAUUUGGAGAGGAUGAAGUUUACUACACGUGGGCCGAAUGUAGUGCUGUCCCACGGCUCAAUGACAAGGGGGAGGUGGAGCAUGUUGUUGGGUGUCUUAGUGAUGUCACACACACUAAAUGGGCUGCUCGGAUGCAGGAAAGGAGAGUAAAUGCAGCAUUAAAGGAGAAGAGAGAUCGAGAAGAAUUCAUGAACAUGACAAGUCAUGAGUUGAUGAACCCACUAUCGGCCGCCGUCCAAGCAGCACAAACCAUGAUCUCCAGUCUCGAUGAGAUCAAUAAAGCUCUUUCUCAUACUCACGACAACGUCCUUCAUGAUGACAAUUCAAAGAGUUAUGGGGAGAUUAAGACGAGUGUGAAGCGCAACAUCGAAAUUGCGAAAAUCAUUCUAGCUUGUGGAGAACAUCAGCAAAAAGUGAUGGAGGAUGCUCGUAUGAUGUCAAAACCGGAUAUCAAUAUGUUUUCAAUUUCACCGACUCGAACGGAGCCAAUUCGUGUUGUCGAUACAGCUAUGUCUAUGCUCUCUGGAGAAACAUCCAAAUUAGAUAUCAAUAUCCGACUCGAGGUGGACCCCUCCAUAGAAGCUUUGAAUUCGCAAUGGCUUUGCUUCGAUCCUUCAAGAUUUCUACAACUACUCCUCAAUCUCCUAACAAAUGCUAACCAAUACACAAAAUCAUCCAAAGCCCGAAAUGUAAUGGUACGUCUUGGAGCCACAAUUGGAUCCCCUUAUCACAAAGAGAUCGGGCGAGAAAUACAAUACAUACCUCUUCGCACAGCACGAAAUGACCCGACUUUGAAAGAUUCGUCGGGAUUAGGAGAGAUAGUAUACCUUCAUUGCUCAAUUACCGACACCGGCAAAGGACUGAGUGAAGCGGAGAGGCAGACACUCUUCAAAAAAUUCUCUCAAACAUCUUUAAGCACGCAUACGCAGUAUGGUGAUUCUAGUCUGGGAUUGUUCAUCUGUCGGGAGCUUGCGGAGUUACAGGGAGGUGCAAUUGGUAUUGGGUAUGCGGAUCCUCAAGCAACUGGUAGCACAUUCGCUUUUUAUAUCAAGACGCGUCGAUCCGAAUUCAAACCACCGGAACCACCGCUUGAGACGUCGACGGAUUCGUCUCAGCCGGACGCCAAAUUUUCUCCGGGAGACUUUGAUAUAGAAUCUGAUACGGAUAUUUCAAUGUCUGAUUUGGACCUUUCAGAGUUCGAGAUGACCGAUUCCGAGGCUCUUAAGUGUCGGGACAGCGGACAUAUCCAUAGUGCCAGCUUUCCUUAGUUUUGAAGAUAUCGAUGAGUAGAUUGAUUUAUCUAACACUUCAGUACUUACACUUUCAAUCACUAAAUUGAUGCCAAUAUUAUCACCUGUAUGGGUUUUGGUGAGGAGACAAAAGAUGAAAGGAGGACGAGGAUGGCCGUGUGAGUUUGAAUCUUCAAGGGGCAAAAUUCGAGUAGAAUUAUCAGUCAGAGAACCGAAACAGAAGAAUGGAGCGGGCAAGAAGCAAAGGCAACCUACCACAUUCUAUGAACCUUUUUUCUGGGGUAUUAUGGAGUUCGGAGCCUUGGUAUUUGAAGGCGGGAAUUUGUCGUUGGAAUUUCUUGCAAGGGAAUAUCUGGCAGUGUAAGAUUAUGCAAUUGAUUACGGACUAGUAAUUCCAAGAUCGAGAAGAAUGAUCAAAAUUACAACAAUCAUUCACCAUAAGAUUCUUCGAGAAAGGGUUUUCUCUAUGCCGAUCAAUGUGUAUGUUUCCAGGAGUAACAUUCCAAUGCGGUAAGAAUUUCUGUGGAGAUAGCACGGCACCCCCAGGAGCAUGC